AAAUACAGGACUGGCACCUCCCGCUCGCCAUAGCUUAGUGACGCCACCGGCCGAGCCGAGCGGCCCCGCUGAUUGGCUCACAGGCUGCAAUGGGCAUGCGCAUUGCGAAGUCCUGAAGCCUGCUUGAAAGUGAACUAGGGAGGGCCCACUGGAGCUCUUAAAGGGGCUCGAAGGGACUUUCGGAAAGGCUGUUGCAGGAGCAAGAUGAGUGAAUCCCUCGUGGUUUGUGACGUCGCUGAAGACCUUGUGGAGAAGCUGAGAAAAUUCCGUUUCCGCAAAGAGACAAACAACGCUGCAAUUAUCAUGAAGAUCGACAAGGAUAAGCAGCUGGUGGUUCUGGAUGAAGAGCACGAGGGCAUUUCUCCAGAUGAGCUAAAAGACGAGCUUCCAGAGAGACAACCUCGAUUCAUUGUCUAUAGCUACAAGUACCAGCAUGACGACGGGAGAGUCUCUUAUCCGCUCUGCUUCAUUUUCUCCAGCCCCGUUGGGUGUAAGCCUGAGCAACAGAUGAUGUAUGCUGGCAGCAAAAAUAAGCUAGUACAGACAGCAGAACUCACAAAGGUUUUUGAAAUCAGGAAUACAGAAGACCUCACUGAGGAGUGGCUGCAUGAGAAGCUUGGCUACUUCCACUGAAAGACUUAUUAAGCAUUCCAGCCUGGUGCGAACUGGAACCAGACGCAGCAGCUCCUCCUUUUUAGACCUACAAAGAAUGCACUGUAUUUAUAGUAGUUUUCCUGCAGUGUGUGUAUGUAUUUACAUAUAUAUUUUUGUGCGUGCAAAGUUCAUACAAGCGUGUGGGGGGUUGCAUCUGCUGCAGAACUAAACUUUGCCCAGGGAUGUUUUUCCUUUCUUUUCUUUUCCUUUCUUAGUAACUGUUUAAAAGGGAACAAUUCUCCCCCUGCAGGGACGACAACAAAAAAAGAUUAUUAUUAUUUUUUUGCACUCUUGUGACUUAAUAUUUCUAUAUGGCUUAAUCCAGAACUUGUAACUGAUACAGGUAUGUGGCACAGUCUCCAAAGGAACAUCACCUGCACAAUCCCCCUUAAGAUGAAUGGGACCCUCUCUACUGCUCCUGCUUGUGUCUGGGGUGUGUGUUUGCAGGAUGUUCCCAGUCAAAUAUAUUCAUAGUCUGGAAAUUUAGAGGAGCCUUUCUUCCCCCGCCCCCCCCCCAAGCUACAGACGCAUCCUUGCUUGGGAGAGACUGGACAGUAACAGCUUUACGUGAAACAGCUUACUCUUGGGUGGCUUAAUCUUCUAGGCAUAAAGGGUUCAGAACUGGUCCCAAAUGCAAUCCUUCUGAAAUAUCAUUACCAAUUCUUUGACAUCCUAACUUCUCCAACUUUCAGGAUUGACCACUUCGUUUCCUCUUAAAAUUCCAGUGAUGUUCUCAGUUGAUCUUGAGUCAACAUAAUUCCAUUUCGGGUCAAAAGUUAGACCCUUCUAUUUUUCUCUCUGCGUGUAGAAGAUAGCAUUUUUACUAGCUCAAUGGGAAGUUGAUUAAACAAAAACUGUAAGGGCUUGGUAACACUCUGGUGGACAUCCCUUCCAGAAGUCUUUAUAUGUACUUUUUAUUAACUGUUCUCUUGUCUUUUUAUACAAGCACUUCUCUGUGUGCCUUUUUUUACUUGUCUUUAUCUCUCAAUUGAUUGUAAGAGAAUCUUACAUUGCCAGUUUUUUAAAAAGCACUAAACUUGAUACACAGGCCAGCGUGUCUAAAGGAACAGGCCUCACAGUGUCUCAUUUACUUCAUCUGCAGGGCAUAAACUUCAUGGCUUGUCCUGCUAUGAUCUAAAGUGGGAUUCUUUGCCUGACAAAACCAAAAAAAUCUACAAAAACAAACCCUCCUACUUAAUAUUUGAAUGUCCUUCACAGCUUUCCGCUGCAGAAAGCACACAUACAGAAUUCCAAUUGCAGAAUUCCUGACUGUUUUGAUUUGUCACCUUCUUCAUUCCAAGCUAGUCCCUACCUUCCCCACUCCGGUGCUCUCCAGAUCUUUUGGUCUAUAGCUCCCAUCAGCCCCAACCAGCGUUGUCAUGGAUUAUGAGAGUUGUGGUCCAGUAACAUCUGGAGGGCACCAUGUUGGGGAAAACUGCUGGUAUUGGUGCCCUGCAUAUCUCCUUCCCUUUCUUCUGGGACUGGGACACUUGUACAGGUUGCAGAAUCCCACCUUCCUUGGCACACAACUUUAAUUUCCUGGAUGUGGAACGUGGCGCUUGAACUUUAAUGGCUCUGCCUAUAGGACUUUGGCCUGGCAUUUCCCCUGGCCUCGACCUCUGCUGCUACGUUACAGCUUGCCCAAGGCCUUGGCCUGCCUUUUUCAAGAGCUGGGAUGAACUGGAGGUAUAGUAGUGCAUUUCCCCAUAGCCUGCCCUUCUUCCCAGUUGAUCAAGUUCUAUCUCUGGAUGGGGAACCUUCAGGCCCUGCAGUUGUUGUUGUUAUUGGACUACAACUCCCCUGACCAUGGCCCGCGGUGACUGGAGCUGGGAGUCCCAGCAACAUUUGUAGGCCCACAGAUAUUCCCUGUCCCUGCUGUCUGUUCAGACUCGUGCCGCUCUUCAGUGAGGGCUUCAUAACUUCUGGAGCAAUGUGGUCCUGCAUGGCUGGGCCGUUUAUUUAUACAUCUCUUUGGAUUUUGCUACACUAAAAUGUGAAAUCGACUUCUGGGAGCAAACUGGCAUUUACCUUUGGAGUGAGACUACAGGAAACCUAUUUACCUAGCACUGCUUAAAACUGGGCAGAGCCACCAGUAGCCAGAUAAAAAUGUAUCAGCAGGCUAGAUCUGGGUUGGGGACUGCCAGGUAGCUAUCUCUGUUCCAGAUGAGGGGUGGGGUGGGGGACUUCCCAGCAGAAAACCUGAUAGCCCUGGGCCAUAGAACUGCUUCUCUCUCACCCAGAGGAUGGGGGAGGUGCCCUUCUCUGGUACUUAUUAGGUAAAACAGUUUGUCCCUGCUCACCGUAGCAACAUGAUGCAGGCAGUUGCUGUUGGGAUGAGCUUUUUUGGUCUGCCUAAUCCUACAGGCUUUUGUGCAGCAGCUGAUACAAUCAGGGUGUUAAAUGUCUUAACAGUGCAGUUGAUACUGAUGAUUUGAAUGUUUGGGAGAUCUUAUUGUCCUUUUUUGCAGGUGAUAUGAUUGUGAAACAUCGUGUUGGGUGUCUUUCCUUUUUACUUUUAGACUAACGACAAUCUUCUACUUGGUUUAAUUUGGGAAAUUCAUUCCAGCCUUGGAUUUUUUCUUCAGUUCCCCCCCCCCAUAACUAUAUGUCAACCACAUUAAGAAAGACAAGAUAAGUGCACACAUAGACACACAUCCCUAGGGUUGGGGUGGGGAACAAUCAAGAUUCCAGUAAGAAAACAAUGCUUUUUAUAACGAAGUUAAUAAAUUAACCUUUUUAUUGACAGGGUGUCCUUUUUAAUACCGUAAAUAGUAUAGGAUGUCUUUUUGCUAGAGAUUAACCAAGUCUGCAAAAAGUUCACUUUUUAAUAACAUUUCAGUUUAUAAAUUGGAAGGAUUUGUUGAGGAAGCAUUGCCUAAAGCUGCUCUGAGCUGCUUCGUGAAAGACUGUGGUGUAAAUGCAAAGGAUCAUAAAGAACAGUUUCCAUGAAAGAUGUGCCAUGGAUGUUCUUGUUCUCAAAUUGAAAAGCAGCUGUAAAUACCUAAAAUAAAUCCUGUAUUCUCUGAAGGA